AUGGAAUGGUGCAAUCAAAGUACUUCUAUCAAGUAUCUUUUCAAAUACAUAAACAAAGGUUCUGAUCGAAUUUCAGCUGUCAUUCACGGUUCUAACAAAGACAACAUUGACGAGAUCAAGCAAUAUCUGGAUUGUAGAUACAUCUCCCCAAGCGAGGCAUGUUGGAGGAUAUUUUCAUAUUCUAUACACGGAAGAAAACCAGCCGUAGAGAGAUUGUACUUUCACAUGGAAGGUGAAAACUCCGUUUACUACAAAGACUAUGAGCAAGUUGGUGAUGUGUUACUCAAACCAAGUGUAACCGAGUCAAUGUUUACAUCUUGGUUUGAAGCUAACAAAACUUACGAAGAAGCUAGAUUACUAACUUACGGUGACUUUGUUUCUAAAUUUGUUUAUCAUAAACGAAGCCGAAGUUGGAAACCAAGGAAACGAGGGUAUACCAUCGGAAGACUUAUUUGGGUUCCUCAAAGCACAGGUGAAUUGUUUUAUUUAAGGAUGAUGCUCAGUGUGAAAAAAGGCCCUUUAUGUUAUGAUGACAUCAAAACUAUUGAUGGAAAAAAACAUAAAACUUUUAGAGGAGCGUGUUUUGCUAUGGGAUUUCUACAAGAUGAUAGAGAAUUUGUUGAGGCAAUAAAAGAGGCACAUGUUUAG